CUCUGCCCUACUGAAUUUCCCCGCACUCGCCCUGCUACAGCUCCUGCCCCCAGGCCCCUAACUGGAAGUAGGUCCGCGGUCCUGUUACGGGCUAGAGAGUGCCCGACUGUAAGUGAGCAAUCCAAAACCUCGAGCGCCGCCUUCGUGCCAACUUUGCUCCCAAAGUUCAAAUACAAAACUGUGCGUGCGCCCCCGUUCCCCGCGGUGCUGCUGUCCUCCGGGAGCAAGAUCGCGUCCCGCAUCCGCGCCCACGGGCCUCCCUCCAGCUCCCCGACCCCUCUCGGCCCUCCUAAACAUUCAGCAAAACCAAAACAGUUUGCAGCCCCUUCGCCGCCGCUCCGGAAGCACCGCGGCCAAUUCGGUCCCCGCAGCUCCGCUCCUCCCCCGUCCCCCCUCGCCCUGGCCCUGGCUGGGCGGGGAAGCCGGGGCAGGGACGAUCCCGCAAGGGAGCCCCAGCUGCAACAUGCCGGAGCCUUCACCAAAGAAAUGGUCAAUGCGUGGUUUGCUGAGAGAGUUCACACCAUCCCUGUGUGCAAGGAAGGUGCCCGUGGUCACGCUGAAUCUUGCUCCUGCCCUUCACAGCCUAGUCCUCGGGCAGACACCAGUGCACCUGGAACACCAACGAGGAAAAUCUCAGCCUCGGAAUUUGACCGCCCCCUCCGACCCAUUGUUGUCAAGGAUUCUGAGGGAACUGUGAGCUUCCUUUCUGAUUCAGACAAGAAGGAACAGAUGCCUCUAACCCCCCCACGGUUUGACAAUGAUGAAGGGGACCAGUGCUCAAGACUCUUGGAAUUAGUGAAAGAUAUUUCUAGUCAUUUGGAUGUCACAGCUUUAUGUCACAAAAUUUUCUUGCAUAUCCAUGGACUCAUCGCUGCUGACCGCUAUUCUCUGUUCCUGGUCUGUGAGGACAGCUCCAAUGACAAGUUUCUCAUCAGCCGCCUCUUUGAUGUUGCUGAAGGCUCAACACUGGAAGAAGCUUCAAAUAACUGUAUCCGUUUGGAGUGGAACAAAGGCAUUGUGGGACAUGUGGCAGCGUUCGGUGAGCCCCUGAACAUAAAGGAUGCAUAUGAGGAUCCUCGUUUCAAUGCAGAGGUUGACCAAAUUACAGGUUACAAAACACAGAGUAUCCUUUGUAUGCCAAUUAAGAACCACAGGGAAGAGGUCGUUGGAGUAGCCCAGGCCAUCAACAAGAAGUCAGGAAAUGGCGGGACAUUCACUGAAAAAGACGAAAAGGACUUUGCUGCUUACCUGGCAUUUUGUGGUAUCGUUCUUCACAAUGCUCAACUCUAUGAAACUUCCCUGCUGGAGAACAAGAGAAACCAGGUGCUGCUUGACCUUGCUAGCUUAAUUUUUGAAGAACAACAAUCAUUGGAAGUGAUUCUGAAGAAAAUAGCUGCCACUAUUAUUUCCUUUAUGCAGGUGCAGAAGUGCACCAUUUUCAUUGUGGAUGAAGAUUGCUCCGAUUCUUUUUCCAGUGUGUUUCACAUGGAGUGUGAAGAAUUAGAAAAAGCAUCUGAUACUCUGGCAAGGGAACGUGAUGCGAACAAAAUCAAUUACAUGUAUGCCCAGUAUGUCAAGAACACCAUGGAACCACUUAAUAUUCCAGAUGUCAGCAAGGACCAAAGGUUUCCCUGGACAAAUGAAAACACAGGAAAUGUAAACCAGCAGUGCAUUAGAAGUUUGCUUUGUACACCUAUAAAAAAUGGAAAGAAGAAUAAAGUCAUAGGGGUUUGCCAACUUGUUAAUAAGAUGGAGGAGAACUCUGGCAAGGUUAAGCCUUUCAACCGCAAUGAUGAACAGUUUCUCGAAGCUUUUGUGAUCUUUUGUGGCUUGGGGAUCCAGAACACACAGAUGUAUGAAGCGGUGGAGAGGGCCAUGGCCAAGCAGAUGGUCACUUUAGAGGUUCUGUCAUAUCAUGCUUCAGCAGCGGAGGAAGAAACGAGAGAGCUCCAGGCCUUGGCGGCUGCUGUGGUACCAUCCGCCCAGACUCUUAAAAUUACGGACUUCAGCUUCAGUGACUUCGAGCUGUCUGACCUGGAAACAGCACUGUGCACAAUUCGGAUGUUUACUGAUCUCAACCUUGUGCAGAACUUCCAGAUGAAAUAUGAGGUUCUUUGCAGAUGGAUUUUGAGUGUUAAGAAGAACUAUCGGAAGAAUGUUGCCUAUCACAACUGGAGGCAUGCCUUUAACACAGCCCAGUGCAUGUUUGCUGCCCUAAAAGCAGGCAAAAUCCAGAACAAGCUGACGGACCUGGAGACCCUGGCAUUGCUGAUUGCUGCUCUCAGCCACGAUUUGGACCACCGUGGUGUGAACAACUCAUACAUCCAGCGAAGUGAACAUCCACUUGCCCAGCUCUACUGCCACUCCAUCAUGGAACACCACCACUUCGACCAGUGCUUGAUGAUUCUUAAUAGUCCUGGCAAUCAGAUUCUCAGUGGCCUCUCCAUUGAAGAAUAUAAGACUACGCUGAAAAUAAUCAAGCAAGCUAUUUUAGCUACAGACCUAGCACUGUACAUUAAGAGACGAGGAGAAUUUUUUGAACUUAUAAGAAAAAAUCAGUUCAAUUUCGAAGAUCCUCAUCAAAAGGAAUUAUUUUUAGCCAUGCUGAUGACGGCCUGUGACCUUUCUGCAAUUACAAAGCCUUGGCCUAUUCAACAACGGAUAGCAGAACUUGUAGCAACUGAGUUUUUUGAUCAAGGAGACAGAGAGAGAAAAGAACUCAACAUAGAGCCCACAGAUCUAAUGAACAGGGAGAAGAAAAACAAAAUCCCCAGUAUGCAAGUUGGAUUCAUAGAUGCUAUCUGCUUGCAACUGUAUGAGGCCCUGACCCAAGUAUCAGAGGACUGCCUGCCUUUGCUGGAUGGCUGCAGGAAGAACAGGCAGAAGUGGCAGGCCCUCGCUGAGCAGCAGGAGACCACCACAGUCAACGGGGCGAACAGCCAGGCCAAGAGGAACUGAGCUGCCCACCCGGUGCAGUUGGAGUUUACAGAGACCCUGUAUCUGCAGCGUGCCUGCUUUCGCCGGCACCAUUUAGCUUGGGCGUAGACUUUGCCACUGCUGUACUUUUAUUUUUGCACAACUUUGGAGAGCAUAGCAUGAAUGUUUUAGUGGUCAAUGGCAUUUCUUCCUGUACUUCUGUUAUAUGCCACUGAAGUGAUUACCGACACCCAUCCUCCCUUCAUACAUGGAUCAGAGCACUGUUUGUGGUAUUUUGUGGACUACAAAGUGUAAGUAGUGUGCUUGCACUGUGUGACUUCUAUGAUUGGGGAUUAUAAACAACUUGUUUUUGUGUUUUCUGGGUUACCAAUCUUUCAACAAUGUUUGGAAUCUUUUCUGGAAGUAAAUUAGGAGAAAAUGAAAUACAUGCUGGGACAUCUAAAGCCAUCAUAGGAUAGGAUAAAUGUCAGCUGAGAGGAUUUUAAAGAGAAAAGCAUACAUUUGUUGAAAAUGUCUUAAAUUUAAGAUGCUGAAAACCACAUGGCAAGUACUAAGAGACAGUACUGUAAAGAAAGCACAGUCCAUAAUUGAUUAGUUGUUUUUGAAAGAAUAGGCAGGAGAGGACUCUGUCCUUUCAGUGCAGUCUAUCUGGGCCACACGAGGUCACAAAGCAUCCGGUGUCCCCUCCCGGAUGGUAAGCAAGGAAAACCAGAAGGUCCAGUCACUGACUUCCUGAAGAUGAGUGUGAGCUGGAAGUGUCGCGGCCAAGGUGGCACCAGUCGAGAGAAAUGUUCUCUUGGAAGAUCCUCCUGAGAAUUGGCGUUCUGAAGACGAGUGAGAAAUGGCCAUAUUUUGUUUUAUGGCAGUGACGGUGAACCUUUUUGAGCUUUCGUGCCGGGUUUGCCACCACUGGUUUAUAGGAUAAUGAUGCAAACCAAAAUCAAAGAAUUUUGGUGCAUAGCCUAAACACUGACUUUUAGCUGAUAGCCUGUGGGAUUUCCUUCCUACACCUUUUAGUAGUUUACAUUUUCUUGGGCUUUGAACCAAUUGGUGUUCCUAAUUCAUGUUUAUUCACUUUGGAGGAAUAGAUAGUGAAUCUACUACUAUCUACUCCUAGGGGCUAGUUUACAAAAGAAAAGUUUAUUGCAAAGAAGAAAUGCUCAGAUUUGGAGACAAUAGGGAGAAAGGUACGAUAUGUUAGUUUCCUCCCUCAUCGCUUCAGGAAAAAGUGGAUUUUUCUAUUACUAAUUCGGAUGGAAAAUAAUGCAACAGUCUCAGAGACCUUUCUCUAAAAUGUGCUUUUUCAUUUAUAUUUUCCCUUUAAUCUUGCCUAAAAUUCAACAUGUUUAAAAUUCUGAAUGUGCACAUAUAUUUUGAAGUUACACCUUUAUUUUUAUCAAUUAGGUACCAAAAAAGGAAAAAAAAUAAACUAUGCAUUGUGUUGCUGUUACUUCGUCUUGGUAAAGGCUAAGCUAAAAAGUCAUCAACUAACACUGUGUGUGUUACUGUAAUAGUUGUAUUUGUAUAAAGUUAUUUUACUUUUUAUUUCACAUCAUACAGAUCAAAUAUAUAAGGCUGCUUCUUGGUGGCACUUGUGUGUAAACUAGAGAUGCAAUAAAAUACGAGCCACAACCACAUACUGGUACACACCUGUGCGUGCAUACAUAAUUCCUUAGCAUAGAGAAACUGUUUAAAGAACAGUGAUAAUUAAUGAACUCUUUGAAUCACACACAUUGUGACUUAGCAGUUAGACUAAAAUAUAUAUUCAUAUCCUUCAGUAGAGUUUUAGACCCCUGUGAUGCUUGUCACUGAGAAUUUUUUUAAAGUGUGGUAGGUAGGUUGUGUGUGGCAGAUGUGGACAUGUGUCAUUUUGACAAGCAAGAAGACGUAUUUAGAUUAGAAAUUGUUUGGUUUUCCUUUAGAUAAUGGUUCACUUUACUUCACUAUGUUAGGCAUUAAAAGAAGUUAAGCACUGCCAUGACUAUUUUUGGAUAUUUUACUUAUUAUAGAAGAGAAUACUUCAUUAGGACUGAUUCAUUAGUUCAAAUAUUUUUAAUUUGUAAGAUAAUCAUUCCAUACAUGGAUUCCUAUCUGUGGUAUCUGGGUACAAAUCAAAUUUUUGUUCUUAUAUAUUUCGUCAGUAUGUUCCCAAGUUGGAAAAAAAAAUACAUCUAGGACUUCCUCCCCCAGCCCUGUAUUUAGGUCACCCAUAACUAGGAAGUUGUCCUUGGCCAGUACUGUUUGGUUUUUGGUUCCUUGGUUGGUUGGUUGAUGGUUGGAGGCGUGUUGGAUUUUAACAGAGAAACAUGGUACUUUUAAUUUCAAUUUUCAGCCAGAAAAGUCCCCACUAUUUGACUAACUUGUGGGAAGACGUCUAUAAG